AUGCCCCCAGGAAAACCGUCAUUUGGUAGCGGUACAGGACCACCCAAACCUACCUCCCCAUCCACAACCACUGGCCCCAACACCUGCAAAACCACCCAGACAACCACUUCGCUUGAAGACAUCAUAGCAACACCUAGCAAUGUCAUGGACACCGACAGCACUAAAAACUUCUUAACCUCCAAAAUGUUAUGUCAAGAAGGCCAGCCAUAUACGCUAACACACCUAGUAUCCAUCCUGUUCUAUAUCACCCAGAUGUCCUCGGCCACCCCAGUACCAGUUAUCACUGCAAUCAGGGCUGUAGCAUUCAUUUUGAAGAAACACAUCACUUGCGAGAUAGCAGACGCAGCCGCCCAAUAUCUGGCUACUACCCUUGCUGACUCUUUGGCCGAGUCUCUAACUUACUGGUUGGUAGACCACACCAUAGCAGCUUUGGCACCCCAAGUAGCCGAAGUCCACAGCAGCCUCACAAGCACUAGCGAAUAUGGCCCAGAAGGCAGAGGAUACCCUGGUCCACUUCACAAAUUAGCAAGAGAUGAAUGUACGGAGCAGGAAGGAGGGGUAUCAAUAGCCGCAGAACGCCUCAAGGAGGCAGCAGAUGCUCUCUAUGCAUCAGUCACGGACUGCCAGAACGCCAUCAAAGUACUCACACACCCUCUCUAG